CACGCUGCUCCCCCAGGAAACCGCAUCCGCACGGUGACAGGUCUGGACCCCCAGAAGAUGGUCAGCCUGCACACACUGGAGCUUCGGGGGAACCAGCUGGAAAGCACCCUGGGAAUCAGCCUGCCUAAGCUGAAGAACCUCUACCUGGCCCAGAACAUGCUGAAGAAGGUGGAAGGCUUGGAGAACCUAAGCCAACUCACCACUUUGCAUCUUCGAGACAACCAGAUUGGAACUCUGAGCGGCUUCUCAGGGGAGAUGAAAUCACUGCAGUACCUCAACCUGAGGGGCAACAUGAUAUCCAGCCUGGGGGAGCUGGCCAAACUUCGGGACUUGCCCAAGCUUCGAGCCUUGGUGCUGCUAGACAACCCGUGCGCAGACAAGGCGGACUACCGCCAGGAGGCCCUGGUGCAGAUGGCACACCUGGAACGCCUGGACAAGGAAUUUUACGAGGAGGAGGAACGGGCUGAGGCCGAAGAGAUCCGUCAGAGGCUGAAGGAGGACCAGGGGCAGGAGGCCGAGCCUGAGCACGACCCGGGACUAGACCAGCCCUUGGGCCGAGAGCCGGUCUAG